AUGGUGGUGGUUGCGAGCUCCUGCGCAGGGGGAAGGAGAGGACAGCCUGGUGGUGGUGCUGGAGGAACACGGCGCCGGCUUCGGGGAGCUCCCUCGGGCGCGGCUGGAGGACGGAGAUACCAGAGACGCAUCCAGGGAGGCGGGUGCUGCACGGAGGCUCGACGAGGGCCGGAUCAAUGCUCGGGGACGGGCGCGUCCAUGGGCGGCGUCCUGCUGGUGGUCGGCGGCGCGGCGCCAUGGCCGAGGCCGAGGUCAGGGCCACGAGAAUCGGGUGUCGCCCUUGGAGGCGCUGGAUCGAUCAGGCACGGGAGCGAGAGGUUGGGGUAUCGAGCAGUUUUUUUAAGAGUCCAAAAAUGUUGGGAAGACAAGAAGAGUCUCGAUAAAAGGGAAACGAAUUGUUGGCAAAGUUUGGAGGUGAAACUUGAAGCAGAAGACACUUGA